UCUCAUGAAAUGAGAAACAUUAUUCAAUGAAAACAAAACAAAAUCUAAAAACUUUAGGCUUCAACCGCCACAUUCCACCAUCAACCUUUAUGUAAUAGAUAAUUAUUUUAGAAGUUCAAUAAUAUCUUAAAGUAUUUUGGAUACAUAUUAAGAAUUAAGAUCAUAUUUGGUAGAAGUUCUAUUUGUCAUUUUAUAUGUUUCGGGUUAUAUCGGAUAUCCAUUUAGGUUCGGGUUCGGUUCGGAUAAUACCCAUAACCCAAAAUACCAAAAAGCAUGAUCCAUUCGGUAUUUAUGUCGGGUUCGGAUCGGUUCGGAUUCGUUUUUAUCGGAUUGAGUUCGGUUCAGAUUUUCGGGUUCGGUUUAUUUGCCCAGCCCUAUGAUAAACAAACUUCCGGUGUUAAAACAAAAUUUUAUAUCUUUUUAAGUAUUUAUUUAUAUAUUUACUAGAAUCCUAAAUUUAACGUUCCAAAAACCUCACUCCACCCUUCAACUCUAAACCCUAGGUUUAGAUUAGUUAAUCAUAGGGGUAUAAAUAUCUUUUACUCUUCACUAAAAGUGAUGGUAAAAAUGAUUAGUGUAAGCAUAAUAAGUGGUACUAUGAAUGUAGUAUUUGUGACAAUUUCCCUUUCAGAUACUUUUGUUCAUUUAAUAUAAAAGCAUAACAUAAUUUCAAAAAAAACUAAUUUCGUAGUUAUAACUAAAAUGUUAUCAUAAUUUACAUAAACUUAAUAAAUCUGUUUUUAAAACAAAUAAAAUUAUACUAUUAUAUAUUUUGUGAGAUUGUAUAUUAAUACAACCUUUCAAUAAUUUUUAUUUUACAUUUAAAUGUGUAUUUUAUAUUAAAACAUAACAUAAUUUCAAAGCUAUCACUAAAAAAUUAUUUAUAAAAUUUAGAUAGAAAAACUAAAAUUAUGUAACCCAAACAUUUAUCAUGUUUAAGGAAAAUAACUAAAAUAAUCAGAUACAAAAAAUAAAAUAAGUUAUGUAUAAAACUUAAAAAUAUAUAACAUUAUAUAUAACCUAAGUCGACCAAAAGAAGAGGAAAAGAAUUUUAAAAAAAAAGCAUCCGCGGCUCGACGAUGGUUGCUUUCUUGUCUGGGUAUUCAAGGAAGGAGGUUGAUCGCCGUAGGAGCAGCUAUUUGGAAGAAGUGAAUAAAUCCGAGGGGUUCGAUGUCAGUGGUCUUCCAGUACCAGACUUUGCUCCUGGACUAAUUGAAUUCAUCUGUAAUGAUACUUGUUCCCCCUUAAUCCUCCUUUAUGCCAAGUUGGGCCUUCAUCGUUACAAUUUGGUCCAGGGGAAAAACUUACAGCUCAGCAGCGUUAAGAAAUACAACCAGUCCAUGGGUUCUGCUGCUUCCGCUUACUACAUAACUUUGGUAGCUAUUGAUCCAGCUACCCAGUUGCCUCAAACUUUUCAGACUAGAGUUAAUGAACUACGCUAUGGCGAAUUGGUUUUGGAUUGCUGUAUUGCUAGACCUCUAGGCGAAACCCACAUAUGUGAAAUCAAAAAAAGCAGUGAUCACAAACCUGUGGAAGACUUGUUCCAUACCUUUCCUGAGUGGCCGCCCAAGAAUCCUUUUAAGAAAUCAAACCGAUGUUACGUUCUGAAGAAGUCAGAGUUGCGAGGGAAUGAUGAUUGGAUUCGUCUAUACUUGAAACUCGCAGUUGCCGCGUCGAAUAGGGACACCCUUGAGAACCAUCUUGUGUCCAACUUGAAGAUUGUCAAAGUAGCUAUAGAUACUACUAGUACCCAAGAGGGACUCGACUUAUUUGCAAUUGUCUACAUAAGAUACAAGGACUCGUGCGAGGCUCGAGUUGGUAAGGAUGUUGAUCGCGUAGCUGUAGUCAGAAGAUUCUUCAAUGAAGGCAUGGGAUCCUUCAGUUUAGUGGGCCAAAACCUGGGUAUUAUACAAAAAAAGAGUAACAAACAACUUUUGCGUUUCAAACCGUGGCUGCUAUAUACUCCUAGGUGGCGGCUCAAGGCAUACAGACACAGUGGCCUUACCUUGUCUCGUCGUGUGCCCAAGACGAGAUCCAUCGAGUUUUUCUUGAGCCAAUUCACGUUCAGAGAUGAUUUUACCAAAAAAAGGAAAAGAAUCAGAGUGCGACACUGUCCUCUAAGUACAGUGGCCCCUGGCUUCAGAUAAUAAUAAUAAUAAUCCACAAAUAAACUUUGUGUAUUAAGUGGGAUUGCCUUCUCUUUUUUUUGUGUGGCUUCUCCUGGAAUAAUUUAACACAAGCAAGAAUGAGAGACAUUCUUCUGGCUCUCAGACGGUCUAAUUUUCCUUUUUCAUUUCUA